ACAACCAAACACAGACGAUGCGGCUCCCUCUCUCUCUCCCUCCGUCAGUAUCCGUCUCCUCCUCUCCGUACAUCACCAGUGUGUGUUCACCAGCGGCAUCCUACGGACCUGCACCGCUUACUUUGUGUCGAGGCUGACUUUUCUCCCUCUCACUCAUCACAUACCAGAAAACACACACACACACACACACAUUAGAACAGAGAUCUUCAACUGUAAGAUCCAGCUCAAGGCGUGUGAGUCGCUUGUGUGUGUUUUUCCGUCCUCGCAGGGUUUUUUUUUGUUUGACCACUCCACGCAUCGGACUUCUCCCGUUGUCUCCGCUCUCUCGCAAGGCAAAAUGGGGAAACAGAACAGCAAGCUGACCCCCGAAGUGAUGGAGGAUCUGGUGAAGAACACAGAAUUUAAUGAACAUGAGCUGAAGCAGUGGUACAAGGGUUUCCUGAAGGACUGUCCCAGCGGCCGACUCAACCUGGAGGAGUUCCAGCAGCUCUAUGUCAAGUUCUUCCCUUACGGUGACGCAUCCAAGUUUGCCCAGCACGCCUUCAGGACAUUUGACAAGAAUGGCGACGGCACCAUCGACUUCAGAGAGUUUAUCUGCGCUCUGUCCAUCACAUCACGAGGCAGCUUCGAGCAGAAACUCAACUGGGCCUUCAACAUGUACGACCUGGAUGGAGACGGCAAGAUCACACGGGUGGAGAUGCUGGAGAUCAUCGAGGCAAUCUACAAAAUGGUCGGGACAGUGAUCAUGAUGAAGAUGAACGAAGAUGGUCUGACGCCCGAGCAGAGGGUGGACAAGAUCUUCUCCAAGAUGGAUAAGAACAACGACGACCAGAUCUCACUGGAGGAGUUCAAAGAGGCGGCCAAAAGCGACCCGUCCAUCGUAUUACUCCUGCAGUGUGACCUCCAGAAAUAGGCCGGCGAAGCGAAGACGGAGAGAGAGAGUGAGAGAGAGUUAGAUAGAAAGAGAGAGAGAGAGAGAAAGAGAGAGCGCUCCACCAGCCGCCACGGACUGCACAGAAAGAAAUUUCAUGUUCCAUUCAGUUUGCAGCUAUUUCCACUGAAAAAAAAAAUGCUUGGACUACCUUUCAAUGGAUCUGCUUCUUGUGUUUGAAACACUCGUGUGCAUGAGAAUGUUAUUUGCUCUAAAAAGAUCUAUACACAACAUACAAACAGUGUGCAAGACUGCAGGUGCGCACUCACACCACAGACUCACACACUCACGCUACACACACAACCUCAAAUGACAUAUUAACACCUUGCACAAAUAAUAUAUAUAGAUAUAUAUAAAUAUGACUAUAAAUAUACUUAAAUUAUUUAAAGAUUAACUGCCAAAAUGUGAAGUGUGCAAAGUAUUUUCCAUACAGUCUCAUUCUACUGGAGCUUGCGCAUCAGUGAUGUGCUACGUUGAAUUUGCCGCUACUCUAUUUAUUGUUCCAAGUUUACUGAUGCUAGCUGUAUGUGUUUCAUAAUACUGAGUAAUGUCAACCGAACCAAAUUCCUAUGAUAAUGUAUCUGCCUCCAAUAAAAACACUCUAUCCAUCGUCUCAAAUAAUAGCUCUAGAUAGACGAAGAGAUGGAUUAGCGUUUGUCCAACUUUUCCUUCCAAAAACAUGCUUGUACUGUCAGUAAAAAAAUGUAAAUGUAGUUAAUUUGCAUGCCUUUAGGUUCUGCCUUAAAAAAACCUCCUCUUUUUGCAUCCUGUAAGAUUACUCAAAGACAGAAAGCCUUAUCAAAGCAGCGUGGCAAUAGAUUUUUACCGACAAAAAGAAAAAAAAAUUACAUUACAGUAGAUCCCUUCUACAAGUAUUGUCGUUUUGGGAUGUAAUUUUUGUGAUCUGUCCGGACCCUUUCUUUUUGACUGCUUUAACUGUGGGAGCAUGCUUCCUUGUAGAUUAGCUGUAGUAUCUGUUGCUAAGAACUAAAAUCCUGUCUCGCCCCUGCCCCCUUAUAAUGCAUUUAGAACACACGUAUCUCAUUAAUCUCUUGUCAAAUUUGCAGAUGUUGAAAUGUGGAGGAUUCCAAGAAGAGCUAUCAUGAUACAUAUUAAAAUUAGAAGCCAAUGGACCGGAGGCAAAUGAGAUCAAAUAUUAAUGAAAAAAAAAAAAAAAGAAAUUCCUUGAAGAAUGAGUGGAUGAUCUCGGAGCUGGAGCCAACAAUAGGUUUAAUUCGAUUAUUAAAAGAAUUUUUAAAAAAGGCGUCCAUAUAUACUUUGAGAGGUUCGAAGCAUUGUUAUGAAACUUAGUUGUGUCACCAUCGAGUCCACUUUUGAAAUCGGCCUUCAGGUUGCAUAUCAGUAUGAUGAAUUCAGUGGAGUUUUUUUGACUCAAGCAGGAGUAAAGGCCAGGGCAGCGUUUUAACUCGACUCAUCCUUUGUGUUUUUUCAGUGGAAGUACACGAGUGCUAUAAGUCAAAGUAAGCGAGAGGAGCAGUGAAUGGCGUUUCAUUGUGAACACUGUAACUAGAAGACAGCCCUUAAAGCCAUGCGUUAAGUCAGUUGGACAAUUCGCCCGCCCCAGCCCCAACCUCUCAAUCAGUCAGUCUUUUUGUACUUUUUUACUCCCUUCUCUCACACAUUGUACAUGUACUGAUGCAUACUAAAUGUAGAGAAGUUCAGUAAAGUGCAGUACCUCCUGAGAAAUGAUUUGGAAUUAACCUGUGAGCCCUGUUGUCUCUUCAAAUAAGUUUACCUGGCCCUGUCUGAAGACAUCAGAGACAGCCUGGUGUUCUGUGAACUAAAAGGAGGCUAAAGGAGUUGAGUGACAUCCAUUAUAAACAGUAUUGCAAUAAAACCCUUUGCGUCCCAGUCCAUUGUCAUCUCUCAGCAGUGUGGCUUGUCCCUGUUGGUUUGUAACCUGAACUUCUUUACAUGAACAUCUUUGGCCAGACGAUGUUUCUAUUUACAACUCUGUUAUUAUUAUUAUUAUUAUUAUUAUUAUUAUUAUUACUAUUAUUAUUACUACUAUUAUUGCUAUUAUGAUCAAGAUACCAAAUGUAAGCAAAGGCAACCGUGUACAAGGAUUCUUUUGUAGCAUGUAUUGUGUCCCUGACGACAUGGCUGCACUACUCCCUGUGUUGUGAUUUAAUCUAUUAAAAGGAACUCUAUGGG